CGCUGCCGCCUCCCCCCUUCCUUUCCUUGGUUCGUUCCUGCAUCUCUGGGACGGCGCUACCCUGGAUCGGGUCGGUGUGGCGCACCCUUGUCCCACCAGCCUAGCCCUCGUCCAAUCCGUCAAAGAGAGAGCAAAAAAGCAACCAACCAACCAUUGAAUCCCCUAAAACCCUCCGUCGUGGCGCAAUCCCCCGAACAUUCACCAUCACCAUUGUCUUUCUCCUCUUUUUUUUUUUUUCUCUCCAUCUCUCUCUCUAUCCUCCUCCUGCUUCGCUUGCACUGAUUGACGCGCAGUGCCGCUUUGGCUUGCUCCACCGCUCAUUCAACUUGACUCGGAGCUUCAUCUCAAAACGACGGCCGGUCCUGACCUUCCCACAUUCUUUCCAAUCUAGCUCUGCUGUUCGUCCCACAUACCACCACCACCACCACUACUACCGCGGUGCUCGACGCAUCAUCCUUCCACAUUCCACAUCCCACCACCCUCAUUCCUACCCACCACCACCACUACCAUUCGCUUCCACUCAGUCCGUCUCCGCCGCCGUCGCUCUUUGGCUCGCACGGUGACUGACCCCCCGCCUGCCUUCCCCUCAUAACCACCCCAAUGUCCAACCCUCCCCAACCAAAGUCUCCUUCCUUUCGUCUGUCUCGUCAGGGCUUCCAACCGCUCAGCAACAACGAUAUGAGGGGCACCGACGAUAUCCCCCUCCAGACCGUGGUCAGCCACACCCCAUCUCACACCCCCACCAUCAAAGAGCCUUCAGAGAAGAGCGGCCUGUUCCACCGCGGAAAGAGACGAGUCCAAAAGGUCGAUUCAAAGGGCAACUAUGACGCCUCCACAGUCCCGCCUGUCGAGGAGGAAUCCACCGCUCUCAACCGCAUGGGCAGGUUCUACCUCAAAGUCCUCAAUUUCAGCAUCAUCACUCGCUACAUGAUCUACGUUGCUCCCAUCGCUCUUAUACUGGCUAUCCCCAUCAUUCUCGCUGCUCUCAAGGACAUCACCAAGCCAAUUGGCCAAGGCAAGAACGCCAAUGGCGAUGUCCUCCAUGGCGCCGAUCCCAAGCUUUUCUUCAUCUGGAUCGAAAUCAUCUGGCUCAGUUUCUGGGUCUCCAAAAUCAUCGCCCACUUCCUUCCUCGUGUCUUUGAGUUUCUCGUCGGCGUCGUAAGCCCUGGUGUCAAGAAAUACGUUCUGCUCCUGGCCGCUCUCGAGCGCCCUCUCUCUUUUGUCUUCUGGAUGAUCGUCAACCAGGUCACAUACCAAGCUCUCGUCGCAAACCCCACCCCGAAUCCAGACGCUGCAUGGAUCGACAAGGUCGCCUCGUUCCUGCUCGCUCUGCUCGUUUGCACCUGUAUCAUUCUCGGUGAGCGUUUGCUCAUUCAGCUCAUCAGCAUCAGCUACCACCGAAAGCAAUUCGAUGGCAAGAUCAAAGAAUCCAAGCGUAACAUUCAACUGUUGGGUGUCAUGUACGAUGCCUCGAGGGCUCUAUUCCCGGCUUACUGCAACGAGUUUGCCGAGGAAGACUACAUCAUUCAAGAUCAACUGGGUUUCGUCCUGGGUAGCAAGAAAACAACCAUGGGCCAGCACACUCGCACAGGCUCAAAAGCACCCAUGCGCUUGGUGCAAAAUGUCGGCCGUGUUGGAGACAAGGUCACAUCCGUUUUUGGAGCCGUCGCCCAGGAAAUGACUGGCAAGAAGGUUUUCGAUCCGAACUCGGCGCAUAACAUCGUCUUGGAAGCUCUGGAGAGCAACCGCUCUGCCGAAGCCCUGGCGCGCCGCAUCUGGCUCUCUUUCGUUGUCGAAGGCAAAGACGCUCUAUUCCAAGAGGAUAUGAUCGAGGUCAUGGGACCCGGCCGACAAAAGGACGCCGAGGAGUGCUUCAGCUCGCUCGAUCGCGAUGGUAAUGGCGAUAUCAGUUUGGAAGAGAUGAUCCUCACCGUGACCGAUUAUGGCCGUGAACGCAAGUCCAUCAGCUCCAGUAUGCACGACGUCGACCAGGCCAUCAAUGCUCUGGACGGUCUUCUCUUCGUGUUUGUCUUCAUCAUCUGCGUUCUCGUUAUCGUCUGCUUCAUGAGCCCCACAUUCACUACCACCCUGACUACAUACACGGCUUCUCUCCUAUCUCUGUCUUUCGUCUUUGCUGCUACUUGCCAGGAAAUUCUCGGUUCCUGCAUCUUCCUCUUCGUCAAGCAUCCAUUCGAUAUCGGCGACCGCGUUGACAUUGCCACGGACCAACUCACUGUCGAACACAUCUCUCUUCUCUACACGGUCUUCAAGCGCGUCAGCAACGGUAAAACCGUGCAAACACCCAACAUUGUCCUCAACAACCUGUGGGUUGAGAACAUUACUCGUUCCAAGGCUAUGAGAGAGCAAGUGCCCAUCUUUGCUGCAUUCGACACGUCGUUUGAGGACAUCAACGCAUUGAAGCAAGAAAUGAUCACUUUUGUCCGCGAUCCUGCAAACACUCGUGACUACUUCCCCGAAGUGGAGGUCGAAGUCAUUGGUAUCGCUGAAAUGAACAAGCUUGAGCUGCGCGUGGAGAUUCGCCACAAGAGUAACUGGUCCAAUGAAAGUCUUCGCGCCGCCCGGCGAUCCAAAUUCAUGUGUGCUUUGGUCGUGGCUCUCCGAAAGGUCCCUAUCGCCGGUCCCGCUGGCAGCGAUGUAGGCUUGGGCGAUGCCAACAAGCCAUCAUGGUCGGUAGCUAUCUCGCCCGAGGAAGCUCAAGCCGUGCGACAGAAAUAUCUCGAUGGCAAGGAUGCCGCACGUCUCUACCCUACCAAGAAGGAUGAUCCCGAUGAUAGUGGCGACAAGGGUGAUGGGGGCAAACCUUCCGGCAUGUCUUCAGGCACCGACUAUUUGGGCUUAGGCCCCGAAGGCAAGGCCAUCAGCUCUUUAAACAACCGCAAACCUGGCGUGGAUAACGUUCGCGAUGAUACCUGGGUCUACCGUGACGACGCUACGAUCGGCCGCCCUAGUAUCGAUGGCCAGCCCCCUGCGGAGACUGAAAAUCUUCUGCACAAAGCUACGAGCCAUGGCGGCAGACGCAAGCAGGGUGGGACCCUUUCGCCCUACACUGUACGGCCCUCAACGGACUCGCAGCGUAGCCACGGUGUGCCAAGCAAUACCAGCAACCCUUACGCAUCCCCUCCUGGACAAUCUGCCCAACAGGGACUCCGUAGUCCCGCGAGUGUCACUUCCGCAUCCACGGGAUAUACAGGAUAUGCCGAGGAGCACCAAUUCCAGCCCAUGAUGCCCCCGACUGGUCCACCCAGGCCUAAUGCAGGUGCGCCGCCUCAACAGCAGCAGUCAUCCACCAACCCGUACCGCGCCGCUUCACCAGAAAUGAGGCAAUAUCAGCAGAGGCCGUGA